CAUGGGUUCGCCCAUCUCACCAAUAAUAGCUGACAUAUUCAUGGAAUUUCGGGAAGAGAAUGCACUUAAACCAUCCAGGUCAUCAAUAAAAUGGUGGUGGAGAUAUGUAGACGACACGUUAGUAAUAAUGAGAAAAAACGAUGUUGAGAAAUUCUUCUCGCACAUUAACAGUCAUGUCAACUCAAUAAAAUUCACUAUGGAAAUAGAGAAUGAAAUUGGGGAACUGUCUGUGUUAGACUGCAAAAUACAAAGAGUAACAGGUGGUAGAAUAAAAACGACGCUAUAUAGAAAAACUACGCACUUUGGAAGAUUCCUUGUUUAUCACUCAGCUCAUCCACUCACGGUAAAACGAGGAUUAAUACAAGGUCUUUCAGAUAGAAUAUGUAGACUUACAACAACACCAGAGGACCAGCGUAAAGAAAUAAAUAUCCUAUUCAAAAUGUUACCCGACAACAAUUACCCAAAAGAAUUCAUGAAAAAUAAUACAAAAAAGAGAAAAAAGGUAAAACCGAAGGACGACAAGACGAAGGCAAAAAAGUCACAAUACCAUACAAAAGUGGUACAUCAGAGGCAAUUCGAAGAAACCUCAAAAAGAUUGGAAUCCGCACAACGUUUAAACCGACGAAUCUAAUUAAAAAUAAAAUAAAUCAACUGAAAGAUCCCAUAAAAAUGAUGGAUUAAAACAAUGUGAUUUACGAAAUAUCUUGUGCCGAGUGUCCGAAUAAAUAUGUGGGUCUAACAUCCAGAUCACUCAGAAUAAGAGUGAAUGAACAUAAACGCCUAACUAAAGGUUAACCAACAGGAACAGAAGCCUACAAGAAUUUAGAAAAAAGUUCAUCUAUAGCUGCACAUAUGCAUGGGACAAAAACCACAAUAUCGAUUGGAACAAUGUUUGUAUUCUGAAAACUAAUAUGAACAAAUGGAAAGAGAGAGACUUAUAACAGAAUCUAUAUUCACCAAGGUCAUACCGGAUACAUGUAACAAGGGUGACUCAGUACAACUGUCAACAACUUGAAAUAGAGUUCUGAAUACACAAAAAUGAAUGAACGAAAAAAAAGAACUAUAUAUAUAUAUUUAUAUAUGAG